AUGGCGGAUGCAGAGACUUCCCGCCUAUGUGUUCAGAUUGUCUGGUCACACUUUGGUCCGUUAUCGGCGAAGGUUGCAUUUGCACUACUCACGCGGGGAAGACUUUCCCUUUCCCAGCUCAUUCGUUACACGAAGAUGAAACCGCGCACAGCACGCGUAGCAACCUUGGUUCUGGUGCAACAAAAUAUUUUAUGGCAUUCUAACACCGAGGAGGAGGGCGAGAUGCUGGAGUUCAAUACGCUAGAGUGUCUUAUGCGUCUUAGAUUUGGUCGCUUCGUGUGGCAAGCGGAGCAAUUGUUUGGAUCUUCUGGUGCAGAAAUUGUGCAGCUAAUACUAGACCACGGAAAACUUCAGCAGCCAGACGUCAUUUCACGAUUGUCACUCAACAACCCAAAAAGUUCAAGCCUAUACUCGCAGACAUUACAGAAGCUCAUAUCCGGCGCAUAUCUUAAGCCAUCCACAUUACUCUCACAUCACUCACCUAGGGACAAACGUAUCAAAUACGAAGCAGAAGAGAAAGCUAAAAUAACGGGUUUCCCGACAGCGAAGGAGUUGCGGGAGGCUCAAGAGACCGCGGAAGCACGGCUGAAACGGGAGGAGAAGGAAGCAGAGAGUGUGGGCUUAGAUGGUGUCUACUUUCGGGUGAAUUUUGACAAAUUCAAUACCCAUAUCCGUAACAAGCUCAUCGAGAUGGCUGCAGCAGAGCGUUUUAAUCGAAGUGCUGCUCUUGUCAUGCAGGCCACACUAAAAGCGACUGAAGCCAGACAAAAGAGUGUAUCCGAUGCAAGAUCAGAUCCUACAUUGACUGCUGCGAUUGCCAUGCUCAUUUCUGAUGACGAAGGCCUUUCGGCGGGUAUCGUCACGUCAAUCAAGAAAGCGUCUAGUGCUUCACUAGUCAAGGAUUAUCUCGGUCUAAUGUCUGCCAUAGACAAUCCAACGCCAGCUGGUAAAGCGGCGUCAUUUAUAAGUCUAACUGAAAACAAAGUAUAUGUCGAGUUUGAAAUAAUUAGCAAACGCCUACGAAGGCGCGUGCUGGAGGCAGUAGCUCGGGAACGACACGGGGACGACGGCGUGAGGAUAGUGCGUCUACUCCUCGAUAUUGGAAAGAUGGACGAGAAGCAGAUUGCGAAGGUGGCUAUGAUGCCAAACAACGUCGUUCGGCCACUUCUUGCGGCACUGUCCUCCGACUUUUUGAUCUCAACUCAAGAGGUACCCAGAAGUGCUGAUCGUAACCCCACACGGACAUUUUAUCUAUGGCACGUUGAUCUACACAAGGCAUAUUCUGCGCUGUUGGGACACCUGUACAAGACGCUGUAUAACAUAGGGAUGCGGCGACAAGCAGAACAAGAGGAGCCGACUGUGAAAGCGGUACUAGCAAAGCGAGCGCGGACGGAUGUGGCUCAGGAUGAAAAUUUAUUGUCGCGGAUGGAGAGAGACGUGCUUAAGGAAUGGGAGACGAAACGGGAGAAGCUCACUGUACUGGAGAUGAGGGUAGAAGAAGCCGUAUUUAUUCUUAGGGAUCUUGACAAGGUUGGAAGUUAUGAGGACAUUUGA